AAAUCUCUAGAGUAUUUUGAAUACACAAUUCCGAGAUACCUGCCGGAUUCAUUUAGGCAGUCCUUUAAAGUGUCCCAUGAGACGUUUGAAGUACUUUGUGAAUCAUUAUCUCAGUAUCCAGGUGUAUUGCCAGAGGCAUAUCCCAGAGGAAGAGCCCACAUACCAUUGCAAAAAAAUGUAUUGAUGACUGUCAGAUACCUAGUUUCUCAAGAAAGUGUACAAUAAUUAAGUGAUAGGUUUGGUGUAACUGAACACAGUUUUAUAAGAUGCAAAAGACAAAUAAUGUGUGAUCAGCGUCUAUGCAAAUUUAUUACAUGGCCAAAGCAUGAUGAAUUCAGAGAUAUAUCUACAAGAUUUGAUAAGAUGGAAAGAUAUAACUUUCCAGAUAUACUUGGAGCAGUAGAUGGGAGCCACAUUCCAAUUCAGGUUCCUAUUCAAAAUCCCAAAUGUUAUUUUAAUCGGAAACAAUUUCAUUCUAUUGUACUUCAAGGUGUUUGUAUAGAUGAUCUGAAAUUUAUUGAUGUGAAUGUAGGAUGGCCAGGUCGAGUCCAUGACGCUAAGGUCCUACGAAACUCAUCAUUAUGGAAAGAAGGAUUUCAUAACUGUGACAAUGGGAGCUACCACUUAGUUGGAGAUGGAGCAUACCCAUUAAAAGAAUGGCUUCUGACUCCAUACAGGGAUAAUGGCCAUCUCUCACAAGAACAGACACAGUUUAACAUGACACUCUCAUCAAAGCGACAAGUCAUUGAGAGAGCAUUCGGUUUGCUGAAAGGAAGAUUCAGGCGACUAAAGCUAUAUGAAAUCAAUCAGAGAGGUUUGUCAGACUUGUUGCUCCAUGUAUUUUGCACAACGUAUGUAUCAUUGAACAUGACCUGUUGGAGGACUUAAUAAAUGAAAAUGAACAUGAUGUUAUUCUGGAAGAAAAUGAUAGAAAUGCAUUGUUAAAGAAUGAUGCACGCGGUCUACA